UAUUUAGGAGCAUCAUCAGCAAGUUUUUGCUUAGCUCCUAUCAUCAGGUUCUGAUAAUAUGGAAUUCUUCUAUAAACAUUCUCUACCUCUUCUUUUCAUUCUCCAAUUGUUAUGCUUCACUUCUAUAGGUCAAGCUUUGAACAGCAAUGUCACAGCUUUGUUAGUUUUUGGUGACUCCACGGUCGAUCCAGGAAACAAUAACAAUAUAAGAACGAUUUUUAAGGCAAAUUUUCCACCUUACGGGAGAGAAUUUGCAAACCAUACACCCACAGGAAGGUUCAGUGAUGGCCAGCUUACCACUGACUUUGUUGCUUCGUAUUUAGGCAUAAAAAAGUAUAUUCCACCGUAUUUGGAUCGAACUCUAAGCAUUCAGGAGCUGGUGACAGGAGUUAGCUUUGCGUCAGGCGGCUCUGGAUAUGAUCCACUUACGCCAACGCUAAGUAGUGUAAUUCCAAUGUCAAAGCAACUGGACUAUUUUAGAGAGUACAAGAAAAAAAUUGAGCCAGCGAUUGGAAACCAAGGAAUCGAAAAUCAUAUCAAUAAUGCAUUGUUCGUCAUCAGUGCUGGUACAAACGACUUCGUUGUCAACUAUUAUACUGUACCAGUUAGACGACAGAGCUACAAUGUCUCAAGUUACCAGCAAUUCUUACUUCAAAAGGUUAAAGAGUUCAUUCAGGGUUUGUGGGAUGAAGGGGCUCGAAAGAUAGGGGUGUCUGGGCUACCUCCAAUGGGCUGCUUGCCAAUUGUUGACACCUUUUCUUCCAACAAUACUUUCACCAAUCGUAGUUGUAUCGAACAGUAUUCCUCUGUGGCAAGAGAUUAUAAUCAAAUGCUUCAAACUGAAUUGGAUGAGAUGCAACAAAGUUCAGCAAAUCAUGGUGCCAAAAUCUAUUACGUUGACAUAUAUGGACCGUUGUUCGACAUGGUUCAAUACCCUAAAAAAUAUGGGUAUGAAGAGGUUAAUGUCGGAUGUUGUGGAUCUGGAUAUGUAGAAACAUCAAUUUUGUGUAAUCAAGCUUCAACUGUGUGCACUGAUGCUUCUAAGUAUGUAUUUUGGGACGCAAUACAUCCUACUGAAAUGGCAUACAACGUUGUCUUUCAGGACAUUCGUUCUACAAUAGAUGUCAUCACCAGCGGGUCGCUGAUCAACAAAAGCUCUUCGUCUGCAAAGUCGCAAGCUUGUCGGUGGAUGGACCAGUGGUGGAUGGGUAUGGUUUGGAUAGGUAUGGUUUGUGGUUUUGGAUGGGUAUAGUUUUGUGGUGGACUAGUGGUGGUGGAUGGGUAUGGUUUGUGAUUUAGUGGGUAUCGGUGGUGCUCAAUGACGGAUUUGAUAGGGUUGAG